AUGAGUCGUGUGUGUAUUGUUGUUUUGGAGGAGGUGGAAGAUGAUUCUCCCACGUUUAUUUCCAAACUGCCUCAGGAAAGCAUAUCUCUACAUCCUUCAGCUUCAGGACAUUGCUUGCCACCACUUGUUCAAGCUAUAUUUAAUGGGGACCCUGAUGAAGUUCGUGCACUAAUUUUUAAGAAAGAAGAUGUUAACUUUCAGGAUAAUGAAAAGCGGACCCCUUUACAUGCUGCUGCGUAUCUGGGAGAUGCAGAAAUUAUUGAGCUACUUAUUUUAUCUGGAGCUAGAGUUAAUGCCAAAGACAGCAAAUGGUUGACUCCUUUACACAGAGCUGUUGCAUCAUGUAGUGAGGAUGCUGUGCAGGUGUUGUUGAAGCAUUCAGCAGAUGUCAAUGCCCGUGACAAAAAUUGGCAAACACCCCUACACAUAGCAGCUGCAAAUAAAGCUGUCAAGUGUGCAGAAGCCUUGGUGCCACUUCUCAGCAAUGUAAAUGUGUCAGACCGUGCUGGUAGAACGGCAUUACAUCAUGCAGCCUUCAGUGGACAUGUUGAGAUGGUCAGUUUAUUAUUGUCUAGAGGUGCCAAUAUCAAUGCCUUUGACAAGAAAGACAGACGAGCAAUUCACUGGGCAGCUUAUAUGGGUCAUAUUGAUGUAGUAAAACUACUAGUAGCCAAUGGUGCUGAAGUUACAUGUAAAGAUAAAAAAUCAUACACACCACUACAUGCUGCAGCUUCCAGUGGAAUGAUUAGUGUAGUCAAGUAUCUUCUGGAUCUUGGAGUUGAUAUGAAUGAACCAAAUGCAUAUGGAAAUACACCUCUUCAUGUCGCUUGCUUCAAUGGACAAGAUGUUGUAGUAAAUGAACUGAUAGACUCUGGUGCUAAUGUAAAUCAAAUGAAUGAGAAGGGAUUUACACCUUUACACUUCGCUGCUGCAUCGACCCAUGGAGCAUUGUGUUUAGAACUUCUGGUUUGUAAUGGCGCAGAUGUGAAUAUGAAGAGUAAAGAUGGAAAAACACCUUUGCAUAUGACAGCAAUCCAUGGAAGAUUUUCAAGAUCACAAACAAUCAUCCAGAAUGGAGCUGAAAUAGAUUGUGAAGAUAAGAAUGGAAAUACACCUUUGCACAUAGCAGCCAGAUAUGGCCAUGAACUGCUCAUCAACACAUUAAUUACAAGUGGUGCUGACACUGCAAAGCGGGGUAUACAUGGAAUGUUUCCUCUCCAUUUGGCAGCAUUAAGUGGAUUCUCAGACUGUUGCAGAAAGCUGCUGUCUUCAGGCUUUGACAUAGAUACUCCAGAUGAUUUUGGCAGGACCUGUCUUCAUGCUGCUGCAGCUGGAGGGAAUUUGGAGUGCCUAAAUCUGCUGCUCAACACAGGUGCAGACUUCAAUAAGAAAGACAAAUUUGGAAGAACUCCACUCCAUUAUGCUGCUGCCAAUUGUAAUUACCAGUGCCUGUUUGCCCUUGUGGGUUCUGGAGCAAGUGUCAACGACCUCGACGAAAGGGGUUGUACACCAUUGCACUAUGCAGCUGCAUCAGACACUGAUGGAAAGUGCCUGGAAUAUUUAUUAAGAAAUGAUGCAAAUCCAGGGAUUCGAGACAAGCAAGGAUACAAUGCAGUUCAUUAUUCUGCAGCCUAUGGUCAUCGCUUAUGCCUUGAAUUGAUUGCCAGUGAAACACCUCUAGAUGUUCUAAUGGAAACAUCUGGAACAGACAUGCUGAAUGAUUCAGACAACAGGGCACCAAUUAGUCCAUUGCACUUAGCUGCCUAUCAUGGACACCAUCAAGCUCUGGAAGUAUUAGUGCAGUCUUUGUUGGAUCUUGAUGUCCGGAACAAUAAUGGUAGAACACCAUUGGAUCUUGCAGCUUUUAAAGGACACGUUGAAUGUGUCGAUGUACUAAUUAAUCAGGGGGCAUCUAUUUUGGUGAAAGACUAUGUUGUAAAGAGAACACCAAUACAUGCUGCAGCUACAAAUGGUCAUUCAGAAUGUCUGCGGUUAUUGAUAGGAAAUGCAGAACCACAGAAUGCUGUUGACAUCCAAGAUGGAAAUGGACAGACUCCUCUGAUGUUGUCUGUUCUCAAUGGGCACACAGAUUGUGUCUAUUCAUUGCUUAAUAAAGGAGCAAAUGUAGAUGCCAAAGAUAAAUGGGGAAGAACAGCAUUGCACAGAGGGGCAGUUACAGGACACGAGGAGUGUGUAGAAGCUCUGCUUCAACACGGUGCAAAGUCCAUACUACGAGAUUGCAGAGGACGAACACCUAUACAUUUGUCAGCUGCAUGUGGCCAUAUUGGGGUGUUAGGAGCACUCUUGCAGUCAGCAGCAUCUGGAGAUACAGUACCUGCCCUUGCAGACAAUCAUGGAUAUACUUCAUUGCACUGGGCCUGUUACAAUGGUCAUGACAGCUGUGUCGAACUUCUUUUGGAGCAGGAAGUUUUCCAGAAAAUGGAAGGAAAUUCUUUCAGCCCAUUGCAUUGUGCUGUGAUUAAUGAUAACGAGGGCGCUGCUGAAAUGCUAAUUGAUACACUGGGUUCUAGCAUUGUAAAUUCUACAGAUGGAAAAGCCAGAACUCCUCUUCAUGCAGCAGCCUUUACAGACCAUGUAGAGUGCUUACAGCUUUUGCUCAGCCAUAAUGCACAAGUAAACUCUGUAGAUUCUUCUGGGAAGACCCCUCUAAUGAUGGCUGCAGAAAAUGGACAAACAAAUACAGUUGAGGUGUUGGUUAGCAGCGCUAAAGCCGAUCUGACCUUGCAAGAUAAGUGUAAAAACACAGCACUGCAUUUGGCUUGCAGCAAGGGUCAUGAAACUAGUGCCUUGUUAAUACUGGAGAAGAUUACAGAUAGAAAUCUCAUCAAUGCCACCAAUGCAGCCUUGCAGACACCUUUGCAUGUUGCUGCUCGAAAUGGAUUAACAGUUGUAGUUCAAGAACUUCUAGGAAAAGGAGCAAGUGUACUUGCCGUUGAUGAAAAUGGUUAUACACCAGCUUUGGCCUGUGCUCCCAAUAAGGAUGUUGCUGAUUGCCUGGCUCUCAUUCUGGCCACAAUGAUGCCUGUUUCGUCAAGCACCACGCUACCUUCCCUUACUUUCAAUGCCAUUAAUCAUUACACCAACACCUCAAAAACUGUCACCUUUGACUCCUUGCCUAUUAUCAGGAGUGAACAUAGCUCUUACUGUAGUUUCAACAACAUUGGCAGGGAAGAUGGCUACCCAUAUACGGAAGAAGAUGAACUUAAUGACUCCGAUUCUGAAACCUAUUAAGAAGCUUCCUUGGAGGUCAGAAGAGGAACCCACCUGCUGAAUUUCAAGAUUGUGUUGUUGUAGAAAGCAGUUUCUGAAUAUAAAAAGGGACACCCAGAUGAGUUUUUUUUUAAACAAACAUGGGUGCACACAAAAUAUUUGUGCAACUUCCCAAAGGCUUUUAAAAGCAGGUUAUGCAAAGGAAAUGCUUCAAAUCGAUGGUGCAAAAGAAAAGAAAAAUUACACAAAAUGUUAUUUAAUUGCAGUGUACUAGGUUGUCCAUGGUGCCAUGAAGAAUCCUAAAAAGGCUGUGCACCAUUGUCUGUCUAAAUGAAUAAACAAGUUAUACAACAAAGAAGACGAUAGAUUUAAAUCUUACCAAGAUCAUUUUUAAGGCAAUAAUUGAGUUUGGUACAGAAGGCGUUGUUUGUGCAGCAAAUUGCCAAAGGACCAAAUGAAUAACUUAGACUUUUUUAAUUAAAAAACAAACAAACAACUUUUUUUGAAAAGUUGAAUAGGUUAAAUAAGUAAUAGUCUUAACCAACCCCUAAAUUAUUUCUGACAAUGUUAGAUUUGGUUUUAAAUGUCUUUAUUUGUUUUUAAUCACCUAACAGCCCCCCAACACAGUUAAAUGUACCAUGGGGGGGACGGGACGUAAUUUUCAGUUUUGUUUCUCUGAGCUGAAAUGAAAAGGAACUUGUCACAAUCUUAUAGUAGUGAAGCUGUACUGGCUUAACCAGGAGUAGUCAGGGUGAAACUUGUACAGUAGUAUAAUAAAAGGGAGAUGAGACAGCGAUGCAGUAUUUAUUGCACAGCUUACCUUUACGAAAAUAAAUCUGUUUUAAAUAUAUAUUUUUAUUCAAAAUACAGGAAUGGUAAUUAUCUGAAUGAGGAAAACUGCAUCAAAAAUGAGAAUGGUAAAAUCCUGACACCCUGCUAGGCUGCCUUAGGGAAAUGGCAUUUUCUACAGCUUGCCCAGUCUUCUACAUCAUAUACAACGACAUGAGAUUUGUGCCUCUAUGAUGUAUAUAAUUUUUUUUUAUUAAAAAAGAAACCACCUAAGCUUUUAAGGCACAGGAUGUGACUGGGGGAUGGUUAAAAUGGUUUCCUUUUCAUCAAAAAGGUACAGUGAUGAAUCUUUGGAAAUGUAUUCCAAGUCCUUCGGCUGGAGUUACAGCUUGCCUCGAGUUUGUCUAAUUUAUAACAGGCUGCUGUAAAAAAAUGAAUCAACUGAAAAAUGGAAUACAUUUCUCGAUCCUAAAAUGAAAUUUGUUAAAAUAGAGGUAUUUACUUUAUUUGGUUCUGCUUUAAUUGAAAAGUAACAGUUUGAAUUAUAACUUGCUUAUGUACAUGCAAGAACAUAUUCUUGCAUGUUGAGAUAAAACACAAAUGACUUGCUAUAAACUGACCCCAACCUUCUUUUAUCCUUUUUGUAUUGUGAAACUGGAAACCUUAAUGCCAUUGUAAAUUAUAAGCUUGUUUUCUGAACAUAGUGUGGAAACACAGGACAGUAUUUUGAUCUAUUUGAUAAUUUUGUGGGUUUUUGAAGAAUUAAUGAGCAUGUACAUAUAAAUAGCUACUGCUUGAAUACUGUAUUUACCUGCACUCUUUGAGUACAUCAAGAUUCCUGUGUAUAUUUUACAGAGUAUAAUAAAACCCAGAUGUGAGAGUUGUAUUUAA